UGAUCCAUAUAAAAAAGAAGAUUUAAAAUUAAAAAAAAUCAAUGAUAGGUUAAUAAAAUGUGUAAUCUUUGAUCAACAACCCUUUGAUGUUGUUGAAGACAAAUGUUUCAUUCAUUUGGUAUCUGAACUUGAUUCACAUUAUAAGUUACCUUGCUGUCAAACAAUUUCAAGUUGGAUUGAAUCAAUUUUUAAGAAACAAAAAAUUAUUAAAAAAAUGUUUAGUGAUUUUUCACAUAAGGUAUCUCUCACAAUGGAUGCUUGGACUUCGACAACUACAAAUCAAGGGUAUCUAGGCAUUACAGCUCAUUGGAUUGAUGAUAAAGAGUUUUCACUUGGCAAGAAAGUUUUGGCAAUGACUACUGAUAAUGGGUCAAACAUGGAUUUUAUGCAUCUCAGAUGUGGUGCUUAUGUGUUGAACCUUGCAGUUAAAGAGGGAAUAAAAUUAAUUGAUCAACCAAUUGAAAAAUUACGAUUGAAUAAGAAAAUUGGCAUUGAUCCACCAACUACACAAUCAUUAAUAGCAACAGCUAUUGUUAUUAAACUUGAUAAUUAUUGGAAACUACUUGAUCAAAAUUCUAAAAUCAAAAAAUAUGACUCUUCUUCUGAGACCAUCACAAUGAAUCAAACUUCAAAAUGUAGUGAUUUCAAAAAACUACUCAAUCAAAACCAAAACAAUAAUCAAUCAACUACUACAAACAAUGAAUUUACAUUUAUCAGAAGAUUAUUUUCAAUACAAGCCACAAGUGUAUCAAGUGAGCAAAUGUUUAGCAUUGCUAAACAUACAUUAAAUCUAAUUCAAAAUAGAAAAAGCACAAGCAAGUCUAUGCUUAAAGAACUGGAUUGA